AUGGCCAGAGUCCCACCGCCACCACUACUACUACUAACCCUUCUCUUCUUUGCAAGAAUUUCAGGGCUUGGAGUAGCAGUGCUUGUUCUCUUUUGGGCUGUUUCCUUCAAGUCUAGCUUUCUCCCUCCCUCUCUUUCCCAACAAGACCUCAUCUAUGCAGUUCUUCAUCCCUUGUUUAUGGUUAUUGGGUUUAUUCUGUUAAGUGGAGAAGCAAUUUUGGUGCAUAGAUGGUUACCUGGGUCAAGGGGCUUGAAGAAAUCAGUACACUUGUGCCUUCAAGGGGUGGCUCUAGCUUCUGGGAUAUUUGGGAUUUGGACAAAAUUCCAGGGAAAGGAUGGGAUUGUGGCAAAUUUCUAUAGCCUACAUUCAUGGAUGGGUUUGAUUUGUAUAUUCCUAUUUGGAGUUCAGUGGUUGAUAGGCUUCCUUAACUUUUGGCACAGAGGAGAGGUGCGAGCGGCGAGGAUAAGGAUCUUACCUUGGCAUGUAUUUCUUGGCCUAUACACUUAUGCAUUGGCAGUAGCAACAGCAGAAACUGGAUUGCUAGAGAAGUUGACACUCUUACAAACAAAGAGAAAUGUGUCCAAACUCUACGCCGAGUCCAUAGUGGUUAAUAGCUUAGGUUUGGGUCUUGCCCUCCUUAGUGGCUUUGUUAUUUUGGCUGCUGUUUCACCUAAGCAUCAAACCCUUCAAAGCAAACUUUUGUACUCAGAUACCAGGUGUUUGUCAUCUUAA